UUUUUUAAAUUAUUUUUCACUUAAAUCUCCAGCCACGAAUUUGUUUUCAUUGCAGAAUAUGCCGAUUUUCGGCGACUCCUCUCCUUAUGAUGAAAUUGUUGAGAAGGUGACUGCUGAUACUUUGACGAGUGAAAAUUGGGAAUUAAUGAUAGAUAUUUGUGAUCGUGUAAAUGCUGAUGGAAUUAAGGGAUGUAAACAAGCUCUUCUUUCUGUCAAAAAGCGUCUCAAUCAUCGAGAUCCCCAUGUUGUUUUGUUUGCACUUUCUCUUUUGGAUUGUCUUUGGAGUAAUUGUGGACAAAAAUUUAGACGAGAAGUUUCUUCAAAAGAAUUUAUUGGAGAAUUGAACUACAAAUGCACAAAUGUAGGAAGACAAAAAGAACUAAUUUCAAGGGCAAAAGUCAAACGGAAUUCUUAUAGUCCAUAUAAAGAAGAAAGUAACCGAGUUGUAGCCGAAAAGGCGCGGAUUUUGGUCAAAAAAUGGGUUGAAAAUGAGUGUAGCAAGGACAGUUCUCUUUCAAUGAUCGAAAGCCUAAGUUUUGAUAACGAUCCAACUUUAACUAAAAAAGCGCCAAUAAUUAGUAAUGAUCCAAAUGUUGUGAGUAGUGAUCAGGAACAGGCAGAUAUUGCUAGAGCAAUUGCUUUGUCUCUUCAAGAAAGUGGUGGUAAUAAACAACAAAAUUCAACUAAAGCAAAUAAUUCUUAUCCGGCACUUUCUUCUUCUGAUUUUAAUUCAAAUGUUAACUUUCCAAAUUCGUCUGGACAUCAACCACCUCCAGUUGCCGCUAAACAAGCCCGUGCUCUUUACGAUUUUGAAGCUGCCGAGGAUAAUGAAAUUAGUUUUACUACUGGAGAGAUGAUUACUGUUUGCGAUGAUAGUGAUCAAAAUUGGUGGAGAGGUGUAAAUUGUCGAGGUGUUAAUGGCCUUUUCCCGGCUAGUUUUGUAACUACAGACUUAACUAAUAAAGAACAACCAAAUUUGCCAGUAGCAAAAGAUUCAAAUGAAAAUAUUGAGGAAUUAAACACUUCUACGGCAACAAUGAAAGUCCAAAUUGACGAAAAUAUUUUGCUUAAAUGUAUUGAAUUAAUUGAAGAUUUGGAUCCGUCAUUAGAUGCUUCUUCUGAUCCUCCUGAACUUGCUCUUCUUGAAAAUAAAGCGAUGGCUCAAGCACCUUUAAUUGACCAAAAACUUAUGAAAAUUGAUAAGGUUUUUUAA